AAAGCGGUGACGCGUGAAGUCAAAACAUGGCUGAAGCGAUGUCUGACAGUGACAGUGAUGAAGACAUUGUGUCAAGUCAUACAAUUCCACCUCCCAAACGAAGACGCAUCAUCGACCCUUCUGCUAUCACAGCUGUUCCUGUUUACACAAAUAAGGUAAACAGCAGCCUACAGCUGAAGCCAGUUGCCUUCAAACAAAUAGACUGCACAGAAGGCAGUAAGGAAGAAGAAGCUAGACUGUGGUCUCCUUCUAGACCUAAGAACAAGCCAAUCAGCAUCACCUUGAGUGAUUCAGAGGAGGAGCAAGAUCAAAUUAAACCUCUAGAGGUGUGUCGAUCCCCCUCCCCACCUAUGACUCCCAGUACCCUAUCUGUUAGGAAAACUAGACGUGCAAAUAAAAAGAUAAGGGAAAUCAACAAGACACUGGAUGGAAUUGGCUUACUUGUAAGUCAGUUACCUGAAAGACCAGAAGAAAUUCCAAACACCAGUUCUUCCUUUCCAAUAAACGACUAUUAUGAUGAUGAUAUCAUUAUUGUGGCUACUGAUAAAAAACGGAAAAAACAUACAUCCGAACCUAAGCCCCAAGAGCAGGCUCGAGAAAUCUCACUGAAAUUUCGCUGGAGAACAGACAUCCACAAAAUUACAGUGCUUUCGACAGAUCCUUUGAGAAUUGCUGUGGAUAAGUUAGCUGUCAAACUUAAAGUCUCACCUUCUAAAAUACUGUUACUGAGAAAAGACACAGAACUUCCUUUGACGUCCACAACCACAGAGUUAGGUCUAGGCAUUGCUGACAUUAUAGACUGUGUUGUAAUGACAGAGGACAAAGAUGAUGUCAUCACUGUGCGACUGCAGGGAAAGAAGAAAUCAUCCACACAAGAAUAUUCUGUACAUAAGGAUGCUCCCCUGGGUUCUGUCCUGUCACAGUACAUGUCUGGUCUGUCUGCUGUUGCUAAGGGCAAGAUAAAAUUCCUUUUUGAUGGGUCAAAGGUGACACCUAAUCAGACUCCCUCACAGCUCGAUAUGGAGGAUGGUGAUGUCAUUGAGGUCUGGGCCUGAUUCUGUCAGUGCUAUUUUAUAUCCAUGUGACAUAUUUUUAGUUUCUUCCUGAAAAUUGAAAUAAGGAAAUUUAAUUAAAUGCAGUUACAAAAACAAAAAUGUAUGUGCUGUUAAAUGUUGUGUGAGAUAUUACUCGUAAUAAUACGUACAACAUGUUGUUUAUAAUGGUUGUGUUAAUUAGAAAAGCCUAUGCAAUGCCUGAUUCACAUCUUAAUAAAAUUUUGCUUAAACUCA